AUGCCGGACGAGCUGACGGAGCCCGGGCGCGCCACGCCGGCCCGCGCCUCCUCCUUCCUCAUAGAGAACCUGCUGGCAGCCGAGGCCAAGGGCGCUGGGCGCGCGGCCCAGGGCGGCGGCGGCCGCGAGGACGAGGAGGACGACGACGACGACCCUGAGGACGAGGACGCGGAGCAGGCGCGGCGGCGGCGGCGGCUGCAGCGGCGGAGACAGCUGCGCGCGGGCUCCGGGCCGAGCGGGGACGCGCGGGCCCGGGCGCUGCUUGGGCCGGGCGCGCUGGGCCUCGGUCCCCGGCCGCCCCCGGGUCCCGGGCCGCCCUACGCUCUGGGCUGCGGAGGCGCCACGCGCUGGUACUCGCGGCCGCACGGAGGCUACGGAGGCGGCCUCAGCCCUGACACCAGCGACCGGGACUCACCGGAGACAGGCGAGGAGAUGGGCCGCGCAGAGGGCGCCUGGCCGCGGGGCCCCGGGCCGGGAGCGGUGCAGCGGGAGGCGGCGGAGCUGGCGGCGAGGGGCCAGGCAGCCGGCGCGGAGGAGGCGGCGGAGCUGGCCGAGGCCCGGGCGGCGGCGGCGGCGGCGGGGGAGGCGCGCGGCGGUGGCGGGGGCGGCGGCCGUAAGAAGAAGACGCGCACGGUCUUCUCGCGCAGCCAGGUCUUCCAGCUCGAGUCCACCUUCGACCUGAAGCGCUACCUGAGCAGCGCCGAGCGCGCCGGCCUGGCCGCCUCCCUGCAGCUCACCGAGACGCAGGUCAAGAUCUGGUUCCAGAACCGCCGCAACAAGUGGAAGCGGCAGCUGGCGGCCGAGCUGGAGGCCGCCAGCCUGUCCCCGCCGGGCGCGCAGCGCCUGGUCCGCGUGCCGGUGCUCUACCACGAAAGCCCCCCGGCCGCCGCCGCCGCCGCCGGAGCUCCCGCCGCGCUGCCCUUCCCGCUGGCGCCCGCCGCGCCCGCCCCGCCGCCGCCGCUGCUCGGCUUCUCCGGGGCCCUCGCCUACCCGCUGGCCGCCUUCCCAGCCGCCGCCUCCGUGCCCUUCCUGCGGGCGCAGAUGCCCGGCCUGGUGUGA